CAGUUAAAAAUAGCUCGGGCAGCAAUGGCUGCCCGGUGCCGGCUUGCUGCACGCUUCCACCACAUCCACGGCGCCAACAUCCGCCUGGACGCCUCGCACACACAAGCCACGCGGGUGGAAAGCUUCGCCAACGGGCUCUGCUUCAGCCAGGAGCCUCUGGCACCUGGGCAGAUCUUCCUGGUGGAGAUUGAGGAGAAGGAGCUGGGCUGGUGCGGGCACUUGCGCGUGGGACUGACAGCUCAUGACCCCCAGAGCCUGGAGGUAGUGCCUGAGUACUCGCUGCCGGACCUGGUCAGCCUGGGGGACACCUGGGUGUUUGCCAUCACCCGCAACCACAACCGCGUGGUGCUGGAGGGGGAGCAGGCGCAGCCGCGGGGGCGGCCCUGGGAGCCCUUCCUGCUGAUCGAGCGGGUGCGGAUCCCGCGGGACACGCUGGUGGGGCGCAGCCGGCCCGGCCGCUACAGCCACAUCCUGGAUGAGCUGUUCAAGACGAACGUGCUGCCCGCCACCGCCCGGCGCAGCCGCAUCGGGGUGCUGUACGCCCCGCAGCCCGACGGCACCGCCGACAUGCACAUCGUCAUCAACGGCGAGGACAUGGGCCCGAGCGCCCGCGGCCUGCCCGCCUCACGCCCGCUCUACGCCGUCAUCGACGUCUUUGCCUCCACCAAGAGCGUCCGGGUGAUCCCCGUGGAUUAUGGCUUUCCUUCCCUGCAGACGCUGUGCCGGCUGGUUAUCCAGAAACACAUUGUGCACCGCCUGGCCAUCGAUGGCCUGGACUUGCCCCCGCUACUCAAGAGCUCCUGCCAACAUGAGUGAGGGUAACCCACCUAACUGACCAAGGAAAGCCAGUAGCUGUAAUGUUUUUGGGCUUCAGCAAAGCUUUU